AUGACUAAGGAAAAGAGAACCAAGCCAUGCUGCAACUGCAAGCGAUCCAAAGUCAAAUGUGUGUACGAAGGCUCCUUGCCAUGUGAGCGAUGCCUCAAAACUGGUCAAUCUGCCACAUGUCAAUUUGUGCACAAGCUUCCUUCUUUGAAACUACCGUCGUUGGAAUCAAAGGAUCCAGCGCUUCCUCCAGUUGCGCCAAUUUCACUAAAUUCGAUAAAUGUAAUGGGCGCUCAAAAGUCUCAAGCACCAAGCAUGUCAGCUUUGCUCCCAAGUAGGAGCGCUUUUGCACCACCUCCGUUCAAGGAUCGAUUAUCCCCUAUUCCUUCAGCUAACCACUUGCAGCCACGUUCAAAUAGAGAUGCUCAGUGGAAAACGGAUAUCGAACAGCGCUUGAACUCGUUUGACAGCAAAAUAGACUCCUUAGUGAAUCUACUAAAACUGAACCAACAACAAACAAAUGGGGAGUGGGAUCGAACAUCACCCAGCGCACAAGUACAUUCACAGACCCACCAAUACUAUUAUCCGCGAGAGCUACGUGAAAGCAGUAACGAACUGCGCUAUCUACACCCAUCCAGUUCUAAUUCGUUUGAUCACGAUACGAAGCGACAACGACUAGAUAAUUAUCGACGCGACGAUGAGGAUGACAUUACUCGCCAUAGCAAAAGCCUGCCCCCGCCUCAAGAUUUCCGAGCUGGAUUUCUUUCCAAAACUGAGGCCAAAGAUCUUUUCAAGUUUUUUGACUCCAAUAUAGCACAGCAGUUGUUCGGGUUCGAAAUAUCAAAAUUCAAAGUCGAUGACAUAUGGGAGACGUGCCCGGUUUUAGUUUGUGCCAUCUCAACCAUUGCUUCGAUCCAUCAUCCUCAACUUUCUCAUAAAUCAUCGCAACUACAGGUGUACUUGCGAGAUAUUUGCGGUACGCUUUUCUAUCAAAAUCGACCAACUGAUAAAACAGGCGCUUUCAACACGAUUGUUGCUUUGAUACUCUGUAGCUUCUGGUUAUCGGACUCUCAAAUGUUUACAGGAUUGGCCCUCCAAAUUGCCAAGGAGUAUGGGUUGAACAAUCCCAAAUACGGGAAAAACAAGGAUGAUUUGAAGCUUUGGUAUUUGCUAUACGUGUUGGAUGGACAACAGAGUAUGGCAUUCAAUAGACAACCCCUAGUGAGCUCACAAGAGUAUUCUUUGAAGCACAGCCGAGAGCUUCUCAUCAAUGAGGAUGAAAAGAAGAUAUCGCAAGCCAAAAAACAGUUGGAGCAAAAGAUUGAGCGAAAUACCAUUGUCAGCGACACUGUUGCCGACGAGAAAGAACAUCAAAUCCUACUCAAACAAAAGUUUACUGAUCUCAGAUUAGUUUCCCAGGUCGAAUAUAACCAAGCAUUAAGUGAAGCCUUUCGUGGCGAUGCAUGGGACUUGUUAAUGCCAUCUACGUUUGGAAUCCCAUCCAAAAGCAAUCUUGAGUUGGACAAAUGGAUGGUGUCUUGGACUGUGUUGCUAGCUCCUGGAAACUAUGGAGCAGUGUGGUCUACAAAGAGUACCUUGAUAUAUUACAAUUUUGCCAAAAUGCAUAUAAACUCGACAGCUGUCCGUCAACUUGCCAUGAGUCCAAACCAUGAUGGCCUAUUCCCAGCAUGGGACAAAAGCAUUGAAAAAACUGCAUUUCAAACGCGUAAGAAGGUGCAACAACAGGAUGGGGAGGAGGAGGAGGAGGAAGAGGAACUUGAUAGCGAGGAUGAUUCUGACUCUGAUUCGUUACAUGAUGAAGAUGAUUUCAUCUCCAAUAAGGAGUUGGUCUCACCUGAUAAAGCUGCUAUUAACGCUAGCAUAGCCUUGAAUGCAGCCCACACUGUAAUAAAUUUGGUCAUUAACGACAAGGACAUUCUUGACAAUUUGAAGUAUGUUCCGGUUCACAUACACAUAAUGCUAUACUAUGCUGCAUUGCUACUCAUCAACCCGCCGUCGAAAUCAAACAAUGUUUCGGUCACACUAACGAAGGAGAUUUAUUACGACAAGUUACUUGACAACUUGCGAACUGUUAGUUUGCUCAAAAAAAAGAUUUACAGUAAUUUGCCAAUAGAUUCCAAUUUCGGGUCCCGAUUUAUAAAGAGCUUGGAAAAUUUGGAACAGGAGAAAGUGGUUGAGAUUAAGGACUUUAUGCACUCCAUCCAAGAUCAGGAAUUGAGGUUUGCGUUUGAAAAAAAGGUGAACGCUUUUGUUGAAACUAGCGAUAACAUUGUUGAGUUGUCUGAGUUUAGUGAAAGUGGUGAGAGUAGUAGAGCUAGUACGCCUAGAGCUGAAAAAAUCAGUGCCUGGCCCGGCUCCCAUCAUGGCCAUCCAUAA